AAAAAUAAAAGUCAGUACGGAGAUCAAUCAAGAAGGAAAAAAAGAAAGAAAAAAUGAUCCUCUUCCACCACGCCGGAGCCCGCACGGCCUGCUAUCCCAGUCCAAUCAACCCUAGUUUUUCCUGCCAGCGACGAGCUCCGGCGAUCUCGUAUCGUCUCAUAGUGCGGUCUUCAUCUUCUUCUCCUUCGAAUCCGAUGUCUGAGAUGCUGGAGGCUUCCUCCAUUUUGAAGGAAGGCAAAAAGCCGGCCGUAUGCACCGCCGAUGAGCUUCACUAUGUUGCGGUGCCAGGCACUGAGUGGAGACUCGCUCUCUGGCGCUACUUGCCCUCUCCGAAGGCGCCGGUGAGGAGUCAUCCUCUGAUGCUUUUGUCUGGGGUUGGGACGAAUGCGAUUGGCUAUGAUUUAUCUCCCGGGGUGAAAUGAUGGUGACAUCUUGAUAGGUGCAAUUCAAAAUAUGUUAUUGUUACCUUCUUCAAGUUAUGACUGCUUACAUCCUGUUAGUCCGAUUGUGUGGAAACACUAGGUUUGAAUGGCUUCAUUUUCUCGUCACAUGUGUAGCCAAGGAUUUGACACAUGGAUUGUGGAAGUGAGGGGUGCUGGAUUGAGUAUUCGUGAUAGCGGUCCCAAGUCACAACCUCCUUCUAAAGCUUUAAUCUCUGAAUUUGUUACCGUUAUUGAUGGUAAUGCAAAUGGUGUUCCGCUUUUGGAAAAACAGUCAGUUGUGAUGACUGACUCAGGCUCAGAAUCUGAAAUUUCUGUUGUUAGUAGAGAUAGUAAGGGUGAAUUGGCAUUGGAUGAACCACAAUUAGUGACAAAGCUAACGGAUGCCUUUUUGCGGCUGGCUGAAACACUCUCUGGAUAUUUAAAUGAUGGUCAAUUGAUGGUCGUCUCUUCCAAGUUUUUGGAUAGAAUUUCUGAACUUCUCGGAGAUGCUCGAUUAUCUGACCGAUUUAAUGAGAUCAAGGGCAGCAUUUCAGGUUUAUUAAAAACAAGGGAAACCUCUGCAAUUGCUGCCCAAAUCAGAGAACUAAGUCAGCGGCUUGUGAAUAUUAUUGAUGAUGGACAGCGAUCAGUUUCACCACAAUUGUUUGAUUUGCAAGAACGUCUCUCAGCAACGAUUGAAGAUUUUCAGAAACAACUUGAUUUGAUUGUAACCUAUAAUUGGGAUUUCGAUAAUUAUUUGGAGGAGGACAUCCCUGCUGCGAUGGAAUAUAUUAAGCUAGAAAGCAAGCCAAAAGAUGGUAGAGUGCUUGCGAUCGGUCAUUCUAUGGGAGGAAUUCUUUUGUAUGCAAUGAUAUCCAGAUGUGCUUUUAGAGGAAUGAAGUCUGGACUAGCAGCAAUGGUCACUCUAGCAUCAUCAGUUGAUUAUACCUCAUCAAAAUCUUCACUUAAAUUGUUAUUGCCUCUUGCUGAUCCUGCACAGGCGCUUAAUGUCCCUGUUGUUCCAUUGGGAGCAUUACUUGCAGCUGCUUAUCCUCUUGCAUCUCGUCCUCCUUAUGUUCUCUCAUGGCUCAAUCCUCAGAUUUCAGCACAGGAUAUGAUGCAUCCUGAGUUGUUGAGGAAGCUUGUAUUAAAUAAUUUCUGUACUAUACCUGCUAAGCUCUUAUUGCAGCUCACAACUGCUUUCCGAGAAGGGGGAUUACGUGAUCGAACAUGCACAUUUUCUUACAAAGAUCAACUGCACAAAUGUAAUAUUCCUGUUCUUGCUCUUGCUGGAGAUCAGGACCUGAUCUGUCCACCUGAGGCUGUGUACGAUACCAUUAAGCUCAUUCCUGAGUUCUUGGUUACAUACAAAGCUUUUGGGAAACCAGAUGGUCCACAUUAUGGUCAUUAUGAUUUGGUCGGAGGCCGACUGGUGAGUGUUCUCUAUGACUGUCGAUACUCGGCAGCUCUAAAUAAAAAGUUUGUUCACAUUCUUCCUUUUCUCCCUCUGCCUCUUUUUUUCUGUUGUGUGCAGGCAAUUGAUGAAAUUUAUCCUUGCAUAAUUGAGUUUCUUUCCCAACAUGAUCAAUUAUGCUCAGAUUAACCAGAAACGAUCAGUAUAGUUGGAUGCCACAUUGUGAAGAUUCAUGCCAUUCAUUGGUCCCUUUGGGACUAAAGCAUACCUUUACAAAGUUAUACAAAACCAUGCAAAACUAGGUUGUGCCAAACAUUGUAAAAUGAUUUGUUUCUAAAUCAACUAACUAAUUUCUCUCACCAAUGCUUUCCGUCUCUGCUUGAUAUGUUUUGAUAUGAAGAACAAGUGUAUGCAGAUGAUGAAUGUUUCUUUGUAUUGAUA